AUGCAUGUUUGUCCAAGUCGCUCAUGCGGUUUAAUGGGAAAGUCGGGGUCUAAUAGCUAUAGCCAGCUAAGUCCCACACAUAAGCAAGGAAAAAGGCCACACCAGUGUCAGAUUUGUAAAAAAGCAUUUAAACAUAAACACCAUCUAAUAGAACAUUCACGUCUGCACUCCGGCGAAAAGCCAUACCAAUGUGACAAGUGCGGGAAGCGUUUCUCACAUUCUGGGUCCUACUCACAGCACAUGAACCAUAGGUAUUCCUACUGUAAAAGAGAGGCCGAAGAAAGGGAGGCCGCGGAGAGGGAAGCCAGAGAGAAGGGUCAUUUAGAACCGACAGAGCUGCUGAUGAAUCGAGCUUACUUACAGAGUAUAACACCUCAGGGCUACUCUGACUCAGAGGAAAGAGAAAGUAUGCUGAGAGAUGGAGAGAUUGAAAGAGAGCAUGACAAGGAGGUGGAGGACGUUUAUAAGCUUGGGAGACAAGAUGGAGAUGAAGAGUUUGAAGAGGAAGAGGAAGAAAGCGAGAAUAAGAGCAUGGACACGGAUCCGGACACGAUCCGAGACGAGGAGGAGAAUGGUGAACAUUCAAUGGACGAUAGUUCAGAGGAUGGUAAAAUGGAAAUAAAGUCAGACCACGAAGAAGAAAACAUGGAGGAUGGCAUGUAAUAAACUACUGCAUUUUAAGCUUCCGAUUUUCUCCAGUAGUCUUGUUACCUGCUUGAAAACUCUGCUGUGUUUAAGCUGUUCAUGCACGUGCCUGAAGCUUCCACGAAGCCUGUAUAGAUGAACUG